AUGAGCAGUGACGCGCCUACCGCCUCAUCUAGUCGCACUUCCCUUCCCUCCAAUUCGUCAGUGACGGAGAAGGCCACGGUCAUCCACUCCGACACUACGGGACCCAAGGAGAUCGACGAGAAGCUGGGCAACCCUUGGGAUGGCUACGAAGAUCAGGACGUUCCUCAAAAGACCCAGUCGCGUCCCGUUCGUAACUUACGACUCCAGAUUUUUACGGUCUACCGUCGUCUGUUCUCGGUGGCUUUCACCAUUAAUAUGGCCAUCUUCAUAUCCUACGCGGUUCGCGGGUAUUCCUCUCGAAAGGUGGCUGAAGUGGCAGUGGCGAAUCUCUUCAUCGCUAUUGUUAUGAGGCAAGACUAUGUCAUUAACGCGGUCUUCUACGUCCUAAGUUCGGUACCGCAAUCAUGGCCUUAUUUCAUCCGGAGUUGGGCUGCGAGGGCGUACCACCAUGGAGGUGUUCAUUCUGGCACGGCCAUCUCCGGUGUUGUAUGGCUGGUCCUUUUCACGGCCCGGGCCACAAAGGAGCUGGUCGACGGCUCUGGGGCUUCAGCAGCGACGGUUGCGAUAACAUAUGUCAUUUUGACUUUCCUCAUUAUACUCGUUGCCUUAGCCUAUCCACUAUUUCGAAUCAGGCAUCACGACGUAUUUGAGCGCGUACAUCGAUUUAUGGGAUGGACAGCAACUGCUCUAGUGGUCUUACUUACCAAUGAUUACAAAGGCUCUCGAUUAUUGGGUGUUGCCCUCAUUCAUACUCCGGCAUUUUGGCUAAUGAUAAUAUUGAGCGUGUCUCUUAUUCUUCCGUGGGUGAGGCUCCGCAAGGUCGAUGUACGAUGCGAAGUUCUCUCGAAUCACGCUGUUCGCAUGUACUUCGAAUAUGCGACACCAAUACCCGGCUCUUUUGUGCGUAUUUCUACCGACCCUCUGUUUGAAUGGCACGCAUUCGCCACCAUGCCUGAACCCGGCAUGAAAGGUUUCUCUCUGCUGGUAUCCAAAGCAGGUGACUGGACCACCGAGAUGAUCACCAACCCGCCUAAAAAGAUAUGGGUCCGGGGCAUCCCAACGACUGGUGUUCUAACUAUCGCGCCGCUUUUCCAGAGGAUACUCUUUGUUGGUACUGGUAGCGGCAUUGGGCCCAUCGCCUCGCACAUUUUUGCCGGAAAAGCAAAUCAUCGAUUAAUAUGGACGGCACCUAACACGCGAGCGACCUUUGGAAAUCAUAUGGUAGAUCAGAUUCUGGAAAAAAGUCUGGAUGCCUUGAUCUGGGAUACCCGCAAACACGGAAAGCCCAAUAUGGUCAAGCUCGUCAAUCACGUAGUGGACGAAUACGAUCCUGAAGUCGUCUGUGUUAUAUCGAAUAAUAAGUUCACGCAAAAGAUUGUGUAUGGACUUCGCAGUAGAGGCAUGCUUGCUUUGGGAGCAAUUUUUGAUUCCUAG